CGGCAGCUAUUGUCAAUUUCCUAAAAUUGUGUAAAACUCGAGCAUAAAGAUUUUCAUGCAAGUGAAUUUUUGUUUGGUUUUAUGGUUCUGAUGGUCUAAGCCAGUAAAAGUCGGAGAGAAAAAAAAGUGAAUUUUUGAAUCCUAUCUACCGGCUAACUUCAAAACAAUAAUGAAUGUAUUAGGAAAAAUCGUUCGAUCAACACCUUAUAAGCAGUUUACUGUUUUUUUGCCUUCAAAUAUAACGAAAGUUAUCUGUAAAAGAGAUUUCACGAGAGCAUUUAGGAACAUGUGUCGAUCGGAUAGCCACAUAACGUCUCGGUUUUCACAAAAUCUUCUCAAAUCCAGCACAACAUGCACCUGUGGAUGCUUAGGAACGCAUCGAAUUCACACAAAAGGUGAACGUGAGUUAGUGGAAUUCCUUACAGAAGAAAUUAUAGCUGAGAAAAAGUCUCAGAAGAAAAAGAAAAUCCCAUUGGAAAUAGAUGGGUUUGAAAUUAAACUCAAUGGCGCAGACGUCGAAAUGCAAAAACAAACAAAUAACGAAAAAAUAAUUAUCUCUUUCAACGUUAAUCACACUGUGGAUGCAGAAAAUGACGCAGAUAUUAAUUCUUCUGCUGACAAACCAGAGUUUGCUGAGAUGAAAAGCAAACCACAAUUUGAAGUGGAUAUUGUUAAGGGUACCCAAACUCUCAGUUUUACUUGCUCUUUUCUACAGGGUGAAGCACAAGAAGGUGAAUAUAAUGAUCUAUUUGGAAUCGAUGAAAUAACGCUUUUCGAGGGCGAAUGGAAUGAUAAAACCUACGUUGUAGCAGGAGAUGUACUAGAUGGAUACCUCUACGAUCUACUUAUGAACAUACUAGAAGAAAAGGGAAUAAGCAAUGAAUUUGUAGAAAAAGUUGCAGAUUUUAGUACCCAAUAUGAACAUUCGGCGUAUAUAAAUUUACUUGAAGGCAUUUCAAAAUUUACUAUUGCAGACAAGAAAUAAGCUGUUUCGUCAUAAAUAUUUUAUAAAAAGUUAAUACAGCAAAUUAAGAAUCGG